CAUUAUGGUGUUUCAGAGGUUCAUCCUGUGACGCGUUAUUUAUCGCGCAUGCGCGCUAGCUUCUUCCUUUUUCCAGUGCAGCAGAGUCAAACUCAAGUCUUUGACUCCGGGCUCCUUAAUAAGGAGACGAAAAGACUGCAAAAUGGGGUUUGUCAAAGUGGUGAAAAACAAGGCCUACUUCAAGAGGUAUCAGGUCAAAUUCAGGAGGAGGAGAGAGGGCAAGACUGACUACUUUGCCCGUAAGCGCCUUGUCAUCCAAGAUAAGAACAAAUACAACACACCUAAGUACAGGAUGAUUGUCCGCUUUUCCAACAGGGACAUUGUCUGCCAAAUUGCUUAUGCCAAGAUUGAAGGUGAUAUGAUCGUGUGUGCUGCCUACUCACAUGAGCUGCCAAAAUAUGGCAUCAGUGUGGGUCUGACUAAUUAUGCAGCAGCCUAUUGCACUGGUCUUCUGCUGGCCCGUAGACUGCUGAAUAAGUUUGGUCUUGAUAAGGUGUAUGAGGGCCAAGUGGAGGUGACAGGUGACGAGUUCAACGUAGAGAGCAUUGAUGGUCAGCCUGGUGCCUUCACCUGUUACCUGGAUGCUGGGUUGGCGAGAACCACUACAGGCAACAAGGUGUUUGGUGCUCUGAAGGGAGCAGUAGAUGGAGGCCUUUCCAUCCCUCACAGCACUAAGCGAUUCCCUGGAUACGAUACAGAAAGCAAGGAGUUCAAUGCCGAAGUCCAUCGCAAGCACAUCUUGGGCAUCAAUGUAUCGGAGUACAUGAGCUACCUGAUGGAGGAGGAUGAGGAAGCAUACAAGAAGCAGUUCUCUCGCUUCAUCAAGAAUGGAGUCAACCCUGAAUCGAUUGAGGAAAUGUACAAGAAGGCUCAUGCUGCCAUUCGUGAAAACCCUGUCCACGAAAAGAAGCCUCCCAAAGAAGUCAAGAAGAAGAGGUGGAACCGGGCCAAGUUGUCAUUGGCCCAGAGAAAAGACCGUGUUGCCCAGAAAAAGGCCAGUUUCCUCAGAGCUCAAGAACAAGAGGAUGCUGAAUAAAAUUUACACGGUCCUAAUGAGUUUGUCCCAAAUAAACUUUUUCAAAUGA